CUAUGAUAAUAUGGACAAGUGGAUAUGGCGUAGCGACGUUAGUUGGUAAUUUACAUUUUGUAAAUAUUGCUUUACUUUUAAGACGCAAAUCUUACAGAUUUAAGAAUUUUAUGUAAUGUGAUAAGUGUUUUGUAUUAUUUUUGUAUGCAAGUGAUGCGUCCCAUUAAAGUAUAGUGGUAGCCUAAUUUCCUUUUGUUUUUGAGAACAUAUGCUCGAAGAUAAGUUUAUAAAUAUUAAAAGCCUGUUGAUGUCCUGUACAAUGUAUUCAGAAAGCGUUUUUGAGUGUGUUGGACCAAUGUUUUAUAAAGAAUCUAGGAGUCAUUCUGCUCAAGGCCUGGGGGGUCUUGUUACAAGUCCUACCAUGAAAAUACCACUUCCUCCCCGUAUGUGGAUCACAGAUGUAGAGGACGAGUCCUCAGAUGGGAGUGGUGACAGUGUGAGAGAUGAUGGACUUAUGACAGUGGACCGUCCCCGGGUACGGUCCCGCUUCCGUCACUACAAACAAAGAUCUAACAUCCCCAUCGGUAUUUUCUGGGACAUUGAAAACUGCCAGGUUCCCCGAGGGUGUUCAGCUAUAGAUGUAGUGGCAGCUAUACGUAACAAGUUCCUUACGGGAGGGAGGAGAGAGGCUGACUUCGUAGUUGUCUGUGAUGUUAGAAAAGAAUCCGUCAAUAGACUACAAGAGCUCAAUGAUUCUCAAAUAAGCUUAAUACAUGUAUGUGGGACCCAAAAGAAUGCUGCGGAUGAAAAGCUAAGGCAAUGCAUGAGGAGGUUUGGGGAACUGCACACUGCCCCAGCUGCCUUACUGCUUAUUUCUGGUGACAUCAACUUUGCUGCAGAUCUCAGUGAUUUUAGGCAUAGGAAAAAUAUGGAAGUGAUACUGGUGCAUAAACGUAAUACGUCAUCUGCCUUAAUCGCAUGUGCCUCGUCCCAUUACUGCUACAAUGAACUGACUGCACACUUGCCAAGGAAUCCAAAGACUUUAAGCCAAACCGAAGAAGAUGAGACUCCGUCGUGUGAGAUGGAGGUGGCCAACCUGCCCGUGGAUCAACCGCCGGAGCGCGUGACGCGGCGCCUGCGCAGGUUGGCCGACAACUGCGGGGGGAAGGUCAUCCGAGUCAACAACGCUACCGCGGUGCUGCGGUUCCCGACUCCUGAUCAUGCUUCGAGGGCACUGAAGCGCAUGGACGGCGAAGAUGUCUUCGGGCGGAAGAUAAGCACACGGUACGCGACCGCGUUCCAGCCGGCGUACUCGAGCGACGAGGGGUACAGCACCGCGCCCGCCGCCGCGCCUCCGCGCCCCGCCUCCGGCCCGCCCAGGCCGCCGUCGCCGCAUCAGCUGCCGGCGCCGUCGUACUCGCCCGAGGCCGGCGAGUGCAAGUGGGCGCUGGCGCUGCAGGCGCUGCCGGCGCGCUCGCCGCCCGCCGUGCCGCGCCCGCGCAGGAUCCGCGGCACGCACGGUUCAGUAAGCCUGGACCGUUCAGGGUGUUCGUCGAGCAACAGCGGUGAUGAUAGUCGUCGCGAGGCGAGUGCGAGUCGCGCCGUGUCGCCGUGGAACUGCUCUGGUUAUAGCGAGCAGGGCGACGACGACGCCGAGCUCACCGUCACCAACCUGCCACCCUACGAGCCCCUCGUACUCCAGGAAAUGCUGACGUCCCUGUUCAGCCAGUACGUGCAGGUGGUCCGCGUGUCGGUGUGGGCCGCGGCCGACGGCCCGCUGGCGAGCGUGGUGCUGCGCUCGGAGUGGGACGCGCGCCUCGCCAUCGCUCGCAUCCACAAGCGGCGCCUCGACAACCAGUGGAGCGGACGGCGACUGGAACUAUCUUUAGGACGUCCAACUCCGGCGCCAAAUCUAGACGUGCUCCGUGCCCGGCUCCGCGCCAUACUUCUAGACCAGAAGAGCUAUAACCUCCCGCUACUACGUCUGCGCGAUGCGUACGCCAGUCGCCAUUGCUGUGCUCUCACUACGUCUGAUCUUGCCAAAGUGAAGGACACGGUGGUGAUUCACGACGGGUUCGGCCGGAUGGUGCAGCUAUUAGAUCUGACCCCAGUAUCCAACGCGGAGAUGGAGGAGGCCCCGUGGAAGUGCCACAUCCACGCCGGGCUGAGCACUAGUCAUGAAGACGGGAGCCGCAUCCUGCAACCAGUGUUUAUAGAGAUCUCAGUUCUCAAUCGCAACGUACAGAUCUUGCUUGAGAAUCAUGGCGGUAUACUACCGUUGUUGAGUUUCGUGGAAUGCUACGAGACCACGUUCCAGCCGCUCGUAGCGGACCCGCGUAACGGCGUAGCACUGGAGCUGCUGCUACGUAGCGCGCCCGGAUUUGAAGUCCGCGAUGCUCCAUCGCGACACCUCGCCGCCGCUACGCAGCGUGCGCUCACACCCUCCACGCACUCGCAUCUUAGUGAUAGUUCCCGCUCGAGCGGCGACCGCGACCGUCCGCGCACGGCGCCGGUGCUUGAGCCCAUGCUUGCGCUUUUUGAGAGGGAGCUCAUCGACCUGCUGCGGAGCGCGCCUCGCUGCUGCAUUCCUUUCAGCAAACUCAUCCCCGCAUUCCACCAUCAUUUCGGCCGCCAAUGUCGCGUCGCUGACUAUGGAUUCACCAAGUUGCCGGAUUUGCUCGCUGCUCUCGGAAACACUAUUGUGGUACUUGGCUCCGGUUCGUCUCGCGUGAUCACUAUAUCCGCCGCAGCGCAGGGUCGCCGCUGGACAUCAGACCUCACCAAACUGCUGAAAUCCCAGCCAGGGAGAGCCAUCUCCCCGCACGACAUACCUCUCCUAUACCAGACCACAUUCGGCCGUCCGUUCUCCCCCGCCGACUAUGGAGUGUGCACUCUCCGCGAGCUGAUGCAGCGAGUGACCCCGCAGUCGGUGAUAGUCUCCGCAGACGGCUCCAUAUCGCUGCCUCGGCGCACCCCUACGCCUGACGAACGCGCCCGUACCGUCCAGUUCGCUAUGCAGGCCGUGGAGCUUCUCUGCUACACGCCGAACCUUCGCAUGGAGUUCUCUCGCUUCGUGCCGGCGUACCACGCGCACUUUGGCCGGCAGCUGCGCGUCGCGCACUAUGGCUGCGUCAAGCUGGUAGAGUUGUUCGAACUGAUCCCUGAGGCCGUGCUGGUCGGCUGCGAGCCCAGCGGGGAGAGGAACGUGCGCCUCGCGCCCAAAACUGCGCGCGCGGUGUUCGGCCAGCGCCUUCGAGCGCUAGCCCCGUUGCCGCUAGCUGCGUUGCCGGCGCAAUACUCCGCUCAGUUCGGAGCGGUGCCGCAGCCAGAAGUGUUGGACGUGAGCUCGCUGGAGGCCAUGGUGUACGCGUGCGGCGGCAGCGUGGAAGCCGGGGUAGUCCGGGCUCCUGGAGAUUCGCCCAGCUGGGCCAGCGCGGCCCUGGCCGCCUGCGCGGUCCUGACGGCUGACAGGAGCGUCGCUAGGGGAUCUACACAGGAAUAUUUCGAGAGCGCAUUCCGGCGUCUGCGCGGCUCGGACCCUGAGCUGCAUAACUUAGAGGCGGCGGGCGUGGUGGAGGUGUGCGACCGCCGCGUGUUGCUGUCGGCGACGUGGCGCGGCGUGUGGCGCGUGGCCAGCAUCCUGGCCGACCGCGUGCCAAGGACGGCCGCCGAGAUCCUGCACGAGUACAGCCGCCGGCACGACCCUAACUUCUGUGUUGAGAUGGGCGUGGAGGGUAUGUCGGAGUUCCUAGUGUGUCACGGCAGCGUGUUCGCCAGCACGGGCGGCCGCUGGGCGCUGCGCGGCGGCGUGCUGCUGCCGGCGCUGGCGCACCCCGCGCCGCCGCAGGAGGACUACUCCGUGCACGACACGCCGCCCGGGCAGAAGGGGUCCCGCGUGUUCGAAUCUCCGAAGGUGAAUAUCUGGUGCUCCCCGCCCGCAAGCGCCCUGCCCGCGCCCACGGCCUUGCUGGCGCACGACAACAAACGCCGCAUUCGCUUGGCAGCGCACUUCGACUCUGCAUAAACUGCGAUCCCACCUGUAUAAGAAGUAUUGCAUUCCCUAUCUGUUUAUUUAUGAUGUGAAAUUGCAUGUGUGUCGAUAUCAUCGCAGCUGUCUCGGCGAAUAUUGUACUCAGGGUCGCAACGAAUUUUAUCAACUUGACUAAUACAAUGUCCUUUAAAUGUGAUGUUUACUACAAUAACGUUUUAGAUGUUCUAUAUUUUUUGUGUGUUUAUUUAGAUUAUAAGAAUCUUGCGCGUUCAUAAAAAUGUUAUAGAGAGCUCUGCAAAUGGUACGUUCGCAUAAUAAUGAAAUGUCAGCCGGGGUUAUUGAAUGAUGUUGUAUUAUUUACUCCCAGCUCAGAUCGUUUUAUCCAAUUGACUAGAUUAUUGUUUAUUUUACACUGUGAUACUUAGUUAUUCUCUUUUUAUGUUUUAGUCUUUCCCCUGUUCUGUGGGUGGUACGGAAUUUGUUAUUGUACCGUAAUCGUUGUUAUAUAAAUUCUAGGCCACCUUUGUUUUUAUUUUAUCUUUUGACAUUUUAUAUAUUUUAUUUUAUCACUUAGGUUAAAAUAUUGAAGGACUAAGACAUAAACUCCACAUAAUGUUAUUCCAAAAUCGAUAUGAACAUUCUAUUUUGAUAUUUCAAUAUCAAUUCUUAACUUUCUUGUUUAUUUAGUUAAAGAGUAUUCAUAGAUUUUAUCUAUUUUGGAAUGAAUCACAUAUCAUUUUGCGAAUUGAGGCUCAAAAUUGCGUAAGAAUUAGUUCUAGUUACUGGGUGUAAUGCUAUUAUUGGCCCCCUAUAACAUUUUUCGAAUGCUUACAUAAUUAUAUAGAGUACAAUAAUCUUAGAGUUGUUUUGUCUAAAAAUUUUAUCCUGAUGUGAAAAUGAUGAUAUUGAUCUCGGAUUAUUGUAUCUCUCCCGACCCGUCCACCCACUGGACUUUCCCACUGCUGGGUGGACGGGUAAUUCAUGAUUACCCGUCGACCCACCACGCUGGUGUAAACCGAAUUAAGAACAUAGUUAUCGAUUUACUUCUUCUUAACUAUGUUCUUAAUUUGGCUUGACGAGUAAUCGUGAAUUACCCGUCCACCCACCAGUGGGUGGACGGGUCGGGAGGGAAUUGUAUGUGUGUGUGCAUGCAAUGGCAUUAUCCCGUCUGAUUUCAUACGAAAUGUAAGGAAACAUAUUUUGGUGAUUGUUGUUACUUAUACGUGUUUAUAUCUUCGUAGAAGUACAGAAUUACAUUCGUCUAUAACAUAAUGUCUACAUUUUUUAAUUAGUCACCAAAAUGUUACGUCAAUUAUGAUCUAAAAUGUUUUGGAUAAAUGUUGUAUAGAGGUAAGUCUAUUGCUUUGAUAGAAUAUGCUUGUGCCUAAAGUGCAAUGAUGAUUUUAGUUUAUUCGUCCCUUUUGCUUAAAGUUCGGCGUUCCACAUUGAUAAUUGAGCUUAAAUAUUUUAAGGACAUAAUUUUAUUGUCGUUUGCGCUUUGUGAGCGCGAAUUGGCUAGUCCGAUAUAUGUUCCAAAGGACAGCCUGCCCUAGUAAUUAAUACCAUAGCGUGUCCGGACGGCUGCAGAUCUUACUAAGUGCGGUGAUGGGUAUGAGUAAAGUGAAUCGCAAGUUGCCGGUCGUUCAGAUAAUCGGAUAAGUAAUAAGUGUUUGUCAUCUCACUUGGUAUGAUCUGUGACUUUCUGGAUACGCUACUAUUAGAUAGUUAUUAUCUUUUAGACAUAUUUAUUCGAAAGGAUCAUAAUAUUAUUGUGACUUUAUUUUGUUAGUCAGUUUUAAUAAUCGGAUAUAUUUAUGCUUAAUUAAUAUUAGUUUAUAUCACAUAUAAAAUGUAAAUCGAACAUCUUUACACAAAGGCAUUUAUUCUGUGAUACUAAGGUACCAAUGAAUGCCAGUUGAAAUUUUAGUUAAGUCAAAAUCACUUAUGAGAUGUUUGUAAAACUAAGUAUUUUAUUUAUGUAUAUAGUGUACAUAAUAUUAAAGUUACCUAUUAGAAAUCGGUACAAAACUCGAUAAGAUCGGCGCUAGAGAACACGUGCGUAUGUACACAAUGCCGAUGCGAUGUGAUGUGGAACUCGAAUGUUUAAGCUUAGAAAGGAUAUUCAAGUAUCUUGAAUGUUAAGUUUUAUGUAAGCGGGUCCUUGCAUAUGUGGAAGUGUAUUGUUUCAAUGCAAUUUCAAUGGAUUAUAUAUUUUCUCAACUGCCAGACCGCAUUUUAAUGGAAUUCCUGUGACUAUUACUUAAAUUGCCAGUCACAUUUGAAAUAAUGGAAUUUUAAUUCUCUUAGUACCUUUCGCUACUUAUACAUUUAUGUAGUAAUUUACUUAACACUUCAUUUGACCAAUAAAUAUCGAGCAAAAUUGGCUAGCGUGCAGUCCAUUAGAGAUUAUAUUAUUUUUAUCUUCAUAUUGAAUUUCUUAAGACUGUAGUAAAUACAUUUACCUAAGUAAUUUUAAGCUAAUGUUUUUACUUUUGUGACCAACAACCAAGUUUAAAUUGAUAACAAUAAGAAGUUAGAUUUAAGCAUUUCAAGUACAGUAAGAGAAGAGGGAAGAUGUUGUAUUAUUAUUUCUACAUCUUCAUAAUUCUGUGAUCAUUAAUUUCUUGUUGUAGUUCAACUAGAAUCAAUGUAAUUUAUGGAAGUAGUCUCGUCAGUAUUGCAUGGAAAAUGAAUGUAGUGUUGGAAAAAUAAAUGUUAUUUUUUUGAAAAUUU